AUGGCCCGACCCGGCCCAAGGGUCCCUGCUUUUUCCUCCUACAGCACCAUUGACGACGACGGCCCAAAUCCCAACGACCCGUCGAACCUGACUGGAACGACAUCUGAUACUCGAUCGCGACGGCCGCGGCACGCCGAACGAGCCAACACGGAGCCCAUGCGAAGCGCCCAAUCUAUCGACGGCGCCGCCACGCCCCAGAUCCGCGUCUCGAGCGAUGGCCUGCAGGAGGAUCUCGCUCGCCAGCAACCGUACAUAUCUGACUUGCAAGCCCACCGCCGAAGUCAAGUCACCAUGACGGGCGGCGAUCCCACCAAGAACGUCGACGUUGCCGUCUCCCACUCGACCAUCGACGACGAACCCAAAACGCCCCUCCCCAGCCAACGGCCUCACCUGACGAAACGCAUGCAAUGGCUCGACAGGAGAGAUGCCGCUGCGGCCCGGGCUCGCAUGCUCUACCAAAAAGUCGUCAUCGAGGGCAUCUUGCGCCAGAAGCCCCUGCCGCCGAGCGCCGAUGGCCGCCACAUCCCCAUCACGCCAGGCAGGAAACGUGCCGAUCUCCUGACCGACGAGCGUGCCCAGAAACCGUACACAGGCAACUUUAUCCGUUCGAGCCGCUACACCGUCUGGGACUUUUUGCCGAAGCAGCUGAUCUUCCAGUUCAGCAAGCUCGGCAACGCCUACUUCCUCGUCAUCUCCAUCAUGCAGAUGAUCCCCGGACUGAGCACGACGGGUCGCUGGACAACGAUAGCACCGUUGAUGGCCUUUGUGUCACUGUCCAUGGCUAAAGAAGGCUACGACGACUACCGGCGAUAUCUGCUGGACAAGGCCGACAACCGCAGCGAGGUUCUCGUGCUCGGCGAGGAUAUGAGGGCACUGCACCGCGUCAAGAACAAGACGAAGAAGCACGGCGGCGGCAAAGACGGCGGCGACGAGCUGCCCAUGCAUGACAUGGGCGAGUCGCAGGUCGCCCGAGACGGCGACUGGUCCUUGAUUCAGUGGCAGGAUGUCAAGGUUGGCGACAUUGUGCGCCUUCGACGAGACGAGAAUGUGCCGGCUGACAUAGUUCUCCUGCACGCCACGAACCCGCAUAGCGUGGCUUAUAUCGAGACGAUGGCUCUCGAUGGCGAGACGAACCUCAAGGCGAAGCGCGCGCUCCCCAUGCUGGCCGAGCAGUGUGGCACAGCCCAGGGAUUGAAAGCCUGCGAUGCGACGGUCGUGUCUGAAGACCCGAAUAUCGACCUCUACCGCUACGACGGCCGCGUGACCAUGAAGGAAGAGACGAUGCCACUUUCGCUGAACAACGUGGUGUACCGUGGCUCGGUCGUUCGUAACACGACCGAAACGAUUGGUCUCGUCGUCAACACGGGCGAGGAGUGCAAGAUUCGCAUGAACGCCAGCAAGCACGUCCACGCCAAGGCACCGCGCAUGCAAUCCGUCGCGAACCGCUGCAUCAUCUGGCUGGUCUUUGUGCUUCUCGCCCUCAGUGGCGGCCUGACGGGUGGCUAUUAUAUCUGGCGAGACCCGCAAGAGGACGACUCGUGGUUCCUCGGCGAGAUGUACGACCCCGUCACAAACACGCCCAUGGUGGCCAACACAACAACCAUUCUCGAGGACUUGGGUCAGGUCAACUAUGUCUUUUCCGACAAGACCGGCACGCUGACAGAGAACGUGAUGCGUUUCCGCAAGAUGAGCGUCGCUGGCACGGCGUGGCUGCACGAUAUGGACGUCGAGCGGGACGAGGAAGCCAAGCAAAAACUGAUCGACAUGGCGCGCAAGAAGCGCAAGGGCAAGGACAAGCAAAAGUCCGAAAAGAGCAAGGCCAUUGAAACGAACCCAGCUUCGACCCAGCCGGGCCGUCAGUCCAUGUCUUCGACGAGGUGGAAGGCGUCGACCGCGCGAGCCGAAGAUGAGCCCGAACUCAAGACGGAAGAGCUGGUCGGCUACCUCGCCGUAAACCGAACACGCCAUAUCCAAAAAGGCCAAGCAAUUUCUAUUGUGCGUGGCCUCUGCCACACCUGCAUCCCCGAGCUCCCUGGCCCCGACGGCAACAUUGUGCGCGAGACGUACCAGGUCUUGGAUGUCAUUGAUUUCACGAGCAAGCGUAAGCGCAUGUCCAUCAUCAUCCGCAUGCCUGACGGCCGCAUCUGCGUCUUCUGCAAGGGUGCCGACAGCAUCAUCCUGCCGCGGCUGAAGCUGGCCCAUCUGGCCAUGCAGAAAGCCAGCGCCGUCGAGCUCAAGGCGAGCAAGCAUCGGAGCAUGGAGCAGGGCAAGGAGCAGAGGCGGAUCAGCAACAGCACGCCGCGCACGAGCAUGGCCCUAGGCCGGCCCUCCAUGUCCAAGCGACAUAGUCACCUCCUGGACGGCCACCGCAUGUCGAUCGAGGGCAGCCGGCGGGGUAGUGCCCUGGUCGAAGGCUCGUCGCCGUGGGGCACCAGGAGGGGAUCCUUGGAGGACCAGGACUUCCACACGCCGCUGCAGAGCCCCAUCGGACUCAUGCACUCGCCCCGGCCCAGCACGACCUUUUCGCGCAACGACGACGCGCUUGACGGGCUCGUGGACGAGUCAGCGGCGCUCAACGAGGGCACCAUCUUUGAGCGAUCGUUCCAGCACAUUGACGACUUUGCCAGGGACGGCCUGCGCACGCUGCUGUACGGCUUCCGGUACCUUGACGAGGGCGAGUAUACCAAGUGGAGGGCGAUCUACGCCGAGGCAACGACGAGCCUCGACAACCGCCAAGAGAAGAUUGAAGCGGCGGGCGAACUGAUUGAGGAGAAGUUUGAGCUUGCUGGCGUCACUGCCAUCGAGGACAAGCUGCAAGAGGGCGUGCCCGAGACGAUUGACAAGCUGCGGCGGGCCGAGAUCAAGGUCUGGAUGCUGACGGGCGACAAGCGGGAGACGGCCAUCAACAUUGCGCACUCGGCACGGCUGUGCAAGCCAUUCUCCGAGCUGUUCAUCCUCGACGCAACGACGGGCCCGAUCAAUGAAUCCAUCUCGGCCGCGCUUGCCGAGGUCGGUCGUGGCAUGCUGCCGCAUACGGUCGUCGUGGUCGACGGCCAGACGCUCAGCACCAUCGACAAUGACGAGGGGCUGUCGUACCUCUUUUACGAUUUGGCUGGCCGCGUCGACUCGGUCAUUUGCUGCCGCGCGUCGCCCGCGCAGAAGGCCAACCUCGUCAAACGCAUCCGCCGGCAGGUUCCCAAGUCGCUGACUCUGGCCAUUGGCGACGGUGCCAAUGACAUUGGCAUGAUCCAAGCCUCCCACGUGGGCAUUGGCAUUUCGGGCCGCGAGGGUCUGCAGGCGGCGCGCAUCUCGGACUACUCGAUCGCGCAGUUCCGGUUCUUGCAGCGGCUGCUCUUCGUCCACGGGCGGUGGAACUACCUCCGCACGGGCAAGUACAUCCUCGCCACGUUCUGGAAGGAGAUUGUCUUCUUCCUGCCGCAGGCGCACUACCAGCGGUUCAACGGCUACACGGGCACCUCUCUGUACGAGAACUGGAGUCUGACCGUGUUCAACACGCUCUUCACGUCGCUGCCCGUCAUCUUCCUGGGCGCCUUUGAGAAGGAUCUCAGCGCCGAGACGCUGCUCAAGUACCCGGAGCUCUACUCAUACGGCCACAGGAGCUCGGCCAUCAACCUGUGGCUGUACCUCGGCUGGACAAUCAUGGGCAUUGCCGAGUCGUUUGUCAUUUACUACAUCACCUGGGGCGUCUAUGACAAGCUGCCAUUUGACCAGGACACGUCUUUGUACGCCAUGGGCACGGUUCCGUUUACGGUGUGCGUCGUGUUUAUCAAUCUCAGGCUUUUAGUGCUCGAGAUGCACACCAAGACGAUCAUCAGCUUCCUCGGCGUGUUCCUGUCGGUCGGCGGCUGGUUCUUGUGGAACCUCAUCCUGUCGGGCAUAUUCGAGGAGAGGCUGCGCAUCUACCAGAUCCGCCGGGCGUUCAUUGACAACUUUGGGCGCACGGCCAACUUUUGGGCCGUCGUGCUGGUGGCGCUCGGGGCCGUGCUCGUGCUCGAGCUGCUUGUGCACGCGAUGCGUCGGGUGUACUUUCCGCACGACGUGGACCUCAUGCAGCGGGUUGAGCGCGAGGAGAAGAAGGCCCUCAAGCGUGGGGUCGCCGUCGCCGACGCGGAGGAGGGCGACGGCGCCGAGGCCCUCGAUGCCAAGGACCAGGGGGUGAUGCCGCGCUCGGCAGACACGUCGCAGCAGCGGCUCGACGUGACGCAGGUCGAGGACGGAGGCGACCCGUUUGAGAAGGGGUUCGGCAAGGUCAAGGGCGCGAAGAAGCAGCAGCAGAAGAAGAAGGCGUCGCGGUGGCUGUCGAAGGACAGCGGCGGAGAGGAGACGUCGAUUGAGAUGAGGGCGACGGGGGGCAGUCGAGCCAACGUGUAA